AUGAGCACUGCGACAGCGUCAUCACCUCCAGCGCGGGUACGAGAGGGAUUUCCUCCAAGAUCAUCGUCCGCUAACAGUCUCGCCUCAACAGACGCGUCACCUCUUGAAGCUCUGAAAGCGGCAGGUUCGCUGCAGCCGGCCACCAGAUUUGCCCUAGCUGACCUCUCCGCAUGUGUGCUACGCCUCGACUUCUGGGAUGAUGAGGAACCAGGAAGCAUGUAAGG